AGCAACUCCGGCAGUUCCUGGAGGAACAAGAGCGACUCCUGCUGGCCCAGCUGGAGAAGCUGGACAAGGAGAUUGUGAAGUUACAGAAUGAAAGUGUCAGUGAAGUAUCUGAGGAAAUUUCCCGUCUUGGUAACCUGAUCAGUGAGAUGGAGGGGAAGUGUCAGAAGCCAGUGACUGAAUUGUUGCAGGAUGUCAGAAGCACUUGGAGCAGGUCUGCGAAGGGGAAGUUCCAGCAGCCAGAGGAGAUUUCUCCUAAAUUAGAAUUAAGACUCAGUGAUUUCUCCCAGAAAACUGUUGCUCUAAUGGAGACUCUCAGGAAGUUCAAAGAGCAUGUGACUCUGGAUCCAGACACGGCUCAUCCCCAACUUGUCCUGUCUGAGGAUCGGAAAAGUGUGAGACGGAGGGACACACGGCAGAAUCUACCCAACAACCCUGAGAGAUUUGACUGUUGGGCCUGUGUGCUGGGCUGUGAGGGAUUCAGCUCGGGGAGGCAUUGCUGGGAGGUGGAGGUGGUGGAUGGGGGAGGCUGGGCUGUGGGGGUGGCCAGAGAGUCUGUGGGGAGGAAGGGACGGAUCAGCCAUAGCCCUGAGGUGGGGAUCUGGGCUGUGGAGCUAUGGGAGGGUCAGCUCCGGGCUCUCACCUCCCCUGUGACCCCCCUGCCCCUGAGCCAAGUCCCCAGCAGGAUCCAGAUUUGUCUGGACUGUGACUGGGGACAGGUGACAUUUAUUGAUGUUGAUGACAAGGCCCCGAUCUUCACUUUCCCGCCGGGCUCCGUCCCUGAGGAGAGAAUCCACCCCUGGCUCUGGGUGUGGCUGGGAUCCCAGCUCACACUGUGUCCCUGAGCGGGACUGGGCAGGAAUAUCUCAUUGGGGAACCAGACAUUAACCUUUCUAACCUCACACAACCCAGUCUCUAUGACCUUGGAGGACUCCUGUUUACCCAGCUCCUGGCUCCUCAUCUCUAUGACCUGUGGAAGCCCCUCCUCUUUCUUGCAGUCUCAAAGAUGGGAGGGGGAAGAACCCCUGGGGCUGCAGAGGGGCCCUGAAGGGCUGAUGUGAGGGCUGGGCAGGACUAACAGCCAGGCUGGGACAGGUGCAGGUGGGG